GAGCGGCUUGAUGCUGAUCUCGAAUCGAGGUUUGUCAUUUUGCUGCAGGCAGCGCUUGACUGUUUGGGAACAAUAUGCGAGAUGUUAACCUUCGCACAACUCCGGCCGUUGCUGCAGGAAAUAUUGCUUUACAUCAAGGUAACAUUCGAAGUUUGCCCCGAUGGAGGCACUAGUUUGCUUCAUCAACUUUUCAAAGUUGUUUUUGGCAAAAAUACAGCGAAUAUUAAUUUGGAUAUGUUGCAUUCUAUGAGGAUGAAGGAUCCGAUUCCGCCACUAAAUGAAGCUGAGAUGUUGUAUCUUCGCUGUGCGAAUGAGUUCACUCUGUUCUCUGCAUUCAUUGGUCGAAAAGAGUACAUUGACACCUUCAUACUCAGAAAUAUUGGAUGGCUGAAAAGCGAUAUGCUUUCGAAGGUGCAUAAUCCGCCUCCAAAUGAGAUAACGCCAGCACUGGAAUUGUUUGAAGGAUUCGUAACUGUGUUGCUGCAAGUCUACGGAGCUUUUCAGUCCAUUCCUUGCAAGCGCGCAAUUCUUGGAGUUAUGUGUGAAUUGCCUCGUGAUGGCAUUAUCUAUGCCAUGGCUGAUCCAAAGAAAGCAUUGUUCGAGGCUGUAACAACUCAGCUUUGCGAUCCAGGUAGUGGGAAUAAAGAGCUGCUAACAGAGAUCGCCUUGUAUCUGAUCGUGCUAGCAAGAACGACAGUAAUAAAGUAUGACCAAGUCUGCAGAGUUGCCGUCGAUCUUAUGGAGCGAGCAGUCAAGACCAAUGUCUGUGAAGGUGAAGAAUUCCGGAGCAAGUGCAGCUCAUAUCGUUUUGUUUGA